AUGGAGCAACAGGACAACUCUCACCCGCCGGACCUCGCGACCGUCCUGAGGAACUUGGCGGCUUUGGCGCCGCCGCCGCCUCUGCAAGCGCCGGCUUCAGGAGGAACCGCCCCUGACGCAGAAUACAACGCUGUAGCCCAACCAAUCCCCCAGCGCCAGUAUUUCGCGGAUCCAAGGCUCGCUGGCCGAAGCCAGAACCCGGGGCUGCGACAACAAGCGAACGCUUCCACUACUCCGCCACCACCAACUGUCACGCCCACGCCACAAGCUUCUAGACUGGCUCCCAUCGAUCCCGCCACAAUCAUUGAGUGGGCCCCUGGUCUUCGCUGUAUCAGCAAGAUUGCUGCGAGGAACCCAAACCUCAAGCCCGUUGUCCAGAAGAUGAUAGCUGAACAGCAUGAGCACGAGUUGAUUUGGUGGGGCGGUCGACAGGCGCUCGUGGCCCAAAAGGCAACCGAGGAGCAACUCAAAGCGUAUGACCGGAAAGUCCACAAAGCACAGACCGAGAUGUUCAACGCCAUGUCUGGACAGCUCAAGGGCCUUGGCGUUCCUUUCUUCGGUGUCAAGCCUGAACUAAUCACAAGGGGCGAUGAGGCGGCCACAGCCGGUUCUGGCCCAGCUUCGGGUCCUAAGGCCAGGGUGACGGACGUUGAGCUUCUGAAGCUUCAACGGAAGAUGAUCGAAUACCUUGAGGAUAUGUACAAGGAUUGA